CUUCAGUUCGCACGAAGCUUGCUCGCUUUCCUUCUGGUUAAAACUAUUUCAAUUCCGUACGAAAUGGACAAGGAAGUCGCUGUGGUUCAACGUAAAUUGGAAGCAGAGUUGAAGAAUUUUCAAGAUUCCAUUAGAGAAUACUCGAAGCUCGUACAAACGCAGCAGCAGCUCGAUGGGCAGUAUUUCGAAAACAAAAGCAUUUUGGAAGAGCUUCAAAUGCUUAAACCAACCAACACGGUGUACAAACUGUACGGCCCUGUGCUCGUGAAGCAAGAUCUCGAAGAAAGCAAGCAAAACGUUGGAAAGCGUAUCGAGUACAUCUCGAAAGAGCUUAAACGGUGUACGGAAAAUAUCAGCCAACUAGAACAGAAGCAGGAUAAGUAUCGUGCGAACCUGCAGAAACUGCAGCAGCAGUAUCAGAGCCAAAAGGCGAUGGCGAAGUAGUAGUUGCUGAGAUUUGGAAGUUACCGAUAUCUUAAUCAUAAAACACAUAACCAUGCAAUCGUUUCCCGAACAAAAUCAACUGGCACAUAUAACAUCAUCUUAACCUAUAUCGAACUUGCAGCGCGCAGUCAAAGUUUGUUACACCGCAUAAACAAAGCUUCCCAUGUGGGUCAUGCAUUGAUUUAACACUGCAAAGUAGGUUAUGAGCGGUAGGAAGGGUAUUGUAAUUAUGCAUUAUAAGUCCCUUUCGAUGCUUCACCGCUGAAAGGGUCAAUAAAAAUCGUAUGAUUCACUA